AUUAUAUUAGGCACCGGGAAUAGAAGUAACAAUUUAUGGACGCAUAAACAAGUUUCAGUGCAAAACACGUCAAUGCUUUAAACAGCUGAUCUUAGAAAAAAUUCACAAUAAAUUAGUAGGGAAAAGUUGUGCUCAGUUACUUAAGCGAAGUAGGGGCAUUGUCGCUUUAUUUACAUUUGUACGUUGUUUUGAGAUUUCAUUAAUAAAUUUAGCUUUAAAUAAUAUAAAAAUGGUUUAUUGUUCAGUACCAGGAUGUGAAAAAUUCAACAAAAGUCAAACUAAACGAUUUAUGUUUAGCUUUCCCAAAAAGAAGGAAUUGGUACAAAAAUGGCUUGAAGCGAUACCUAGUUUAGCGCGGCCUGUUAAAAGUUCUUGGCGAGUAUGCCAAUACCAUUUUCAACCAGAGGAUAUUUUAAAAUCAUUCAGCCACACCAUUGGCGGAGAAGUGUUCGUAAUAGAGAGGGAGAGACCCAGGCUGAAACCAAAUGUGGUGCCAACAAGAAAUCUUCAAAUCAACACAUUUAUUGGAAACAACGAGCGAGAAACCAAAUCGAUAAAGAAUCAUAUAUCGCAUGUAUUGAAACAAUCUAAAGAUACUGACGCCUUAAAUAGAAGAUCCAUUGCACAGUUAAACUUGGCCGGUAACCAAGAUGCUGUACCUGGAGAGAAGUGUGAAAAGGCAUGUGUGCGCAAUGUUGAAAUAAUAAAAGUUCAACAUGAAUCAAAGGAUCCUACAGCCGUUGCAGAUAUUUUGAACAGAACGUCAGAAUUUCUAGAAGAGGACGACGAGCAAUUUGAAUCACAAAGUUUUGAAGACAUUACUAAUGAGUGUAACCAAAAUCUGGAUAGAAAUGAUGGAGUUAUUAUUCUACAAGACAAAGAAAAUACCGAAAGCAGUUUAACUGACAAUAAGACCGAAUACCUUGCCAACUGUUCAAAUCCAAUAGCAGAGAUAGAUUCCUUUGACAACCUCUUUGACAGCGUUUUUGAAGUAGUUUUGCCUACAACGCUGUGGGGAGUUCAUCGCUCUCCACAGCAAAAACGGAUAAUGUUCGUAUGUAUAGAUGAAGAACAAUUAAAUGUACAGAAAAUGCUAAUAGUGGAUGAUUCAGGCGACCUAAAAAUGUAUUUAGUGAGCAGGCUGAUCCGCGAAGAGCAUUGGCCAGUGGAUAUUUUAACGCCAGAGCGUAUAUCGGAUAUGCUUGCAGAGUUGGAGGCAAUGCAAAUAUGUCUCGGAGCAAAUUUGUCUGAAACUUGUGAAGUUCUGCUUACAUAUGUUAAUCGCGAUGAACAAAGAACACAAAGAUUAUGCAAAAAGUGCUGUUAAAAAUGUAUUUAUAAGUUUAAUAACCACAAAAAGGCAUAAAAAUAUGUUUUUUCAGUUGAAGUUAACAAUUUUAAUAACAGAAAUACAUAUGAAAUAGAAAUUGUAUGCAGGAAUAAACCUAAGUUAUUUUAAUUAAAA